UGACGCUGCCAUUCCCAUGAUUCCCCGCGCUGUGCCGGAGCCGCUGUCAGUCGGAGGCCGGAUAGGGGAGCGGAAGGAUGAAGAUCUGGACAUCGGAACACGUGUUUGACCACCCAUGGGAGACGGUCACCACAGCCGCCAUGCAGAAGUACCCCAAUCCCAUGAACCCCAGCGUCGUCGGGGUGGACGUAUUGAACCGGCACGUGGACCCCAGCGGCAAACUGCACAGCGAGCGGCUCCUCAGCACCGAGUGGGGGAUGCCUUCCCUGGUCAAGUCGAUUAUCGGGGCAUCUAGAACCAAGACCUACGUUCAUGAACAUUCCGUGGUGGAUCCUGGGGAGAAAACAAUGGAGCUGAAAUCCUCCAAUAUCACAUUCACAAACAUGGUGUCCGUGGACGAACGACUCCUUUACAAGCCGCACCCCCAAGACCCUGGGAAGACGGUGCUGACCCAGGAAGCCAUCAUCACGGUGAAGGGGGUCAGUCUGAGCAGUUACCUAGAGGGCAUGAUGGCAAAUACCAUCUCUUCCAAUGCAAACAAGGGUCGGGACGCCAUGGAGUGGGUCAUCGGCCGAUUAAACGCCGAAAUUGAAGAUCUCAAAGCGUCGACCAGGAGCAGCAUCAGGUCCUCGAUGGCGGCGGCGGCGUUCGUGGAGAAAUGAUGACACGGAAGGGGCCACAGUAGCGAUUAGUUAUUUUAGUUAGCCAAUGAUACGGAGCAAGCCGUGGCUCCUCCCCCCACGCAGUUACAGUUAAUCUAUUUAUUCUUAUUUAAGAAUGUAUCUUUAUUGAGUAGGUUUUCAAAUUGGACUUUGUUUCGGGGGGGGGGGGGGGGGGCAACGGCUUUGGGGGAACAACGAUGACAUUAGGGGGACCAGCAGGCGGCCCUCCAUGGAUACGACUGGAUGCCAGCCCUUUCUAACGUGGCCAAAUGCCCGACUUGUGUCAUGUGACCUGAGACCCCUCCCCCAUCUAAGGCUGAAGUGGGGGCGGCCCUGGAAAGCUUUUCAUUUACUCCAAAUUCACUGUAUGGGACCAACCAUGUGACCUAUGCCUAUAACAGAAUAAUGCCUUUAUCCCUCGCGCUAACGACUGAUGGUUGCCUGGCAACGUAGCAACGCUCGUAUUGCCGCCGACUGCAUUUAGGCUUUAGAAAUGGUUCAUUUCUCCCUUUUUAUAAUAUCAGUAAGAAUUUCCUUUAUUUCCUACCAUCAGAGGGGCCACAUAGACCCGUGUCCAACAUCAACACUGAGGGCCAUUAUUUUAUUUUUACCCUAGUUACCCCCCCCCCCCCAUAAUUAGCAGUUUCUAUGAGAACUAGCCCCUCCCUUCCACCAACUAGCCCCUCCCUUCCACCAUCUCUUGCCUGUGUCUCGGGUUUACAGAGAAGGAGGAUUGCAUUAUAAAGGGCAUUUAAUUAGUGAUCAAAAUUGGAUUAUUGCCCUCUCCUUCUGCAGUUGCCCCGAAGCCAGAAAAUAUAAUAAUAUAGAUCUUAAAUGGAGCACAAACUCUAUGUUGGACACGGGGGGGGGGGGGGGGGUAUGUUGGCCACUUAUAUAACUGGCUCUUGAUUGGCUGCAUGUUCCUCUGCUAUUCAAAGCAUGUAAAUUUGCUUCUAUUGUAUUUCCCCACCCUCUCCCAGCCCCGCGGGGGCAGCACCCGUACAGGGCAGGUAGUAACAUCCAACAGGGAAUCCCAGGGUGGGGGGAUUAUGCGCUUUACAAAGGGGGGGGUUCACCUUUGAGUUAACUUUUAGUAUAAUGUAGAGAGUCAUAUUCUGAGACAGUUUUCAAUUGGUCUUCAUUUUUUAUUAUUUGUAGUGUUUUCUCCUGCAGCUAUUUGGUUGCUAGGAUUCAAAUGACCUAAGUAACCAGCGUGUGGUUUGAUGGAGAGACUGAUAUCAGAAUAGGAGAGGCUGCAAAGAGUUCAAAUAAUUCAAAAACUAUAAAUCAUGAAGACCAAUUGAAAAGCUGCUUAGAAUUGGCCUUUCUAUAACCUACUAAAGGUCAACUUAAAGGUGAUCAGCCCCUUUAACUUUGAAAAGACCAGGGCUGUGAGCUGUAGUUCAUACCGGUUACCCUAAAGCGAUAGGAGGACGUCACAGAGAUUGUAAUUGAAGGUCACAGAAAAAUGAAGGAGUUAUUGUUGAAGUACUGAGGAUAAUGUAGUGCCUGGGGGGGUAUUUAAUGAGGGGUAUUAGCAGUUUUGAAGUCUGUACUUGCGGGAAGAACCACUUGGGUAAACAACACCCCCCCCCCCCCCCCACUGCUCGUUUUUAUUGUUCAUCGUUACUAUUGAAUAUAUAUAUAUAUCUGUGUUCUGCUACCUGUUGUUGAUGUAACCAGUGUUCAGUGGUUCUGGGCACCCUGGGAGAGAUCUGGCCGGGCCGGCAGAACCGAGCAUUGCAUGGGUUAAUACUGGCGCCUUCAUGGACAUUUUUGUAAAAAUGAUCACUCCAGAGUUUAUUUUUAUAUAAAUAUUGUUCUUACUAAAAGGGAUGUUAUUUCAUCAACAAAGCCAAGUAAAGUGGGGAAAACAACAA